AUGGGUGUCAUCAAGAAGAAAAGAUCGCACCAUGGAAAGGCUUCGCGCCAACAAUACUACUCUGGGGUACAGGUUGGGGGAGUAGGCAGCAUGGGCGCCAUAAACAAUAACAUCCCGUCGUUGACGAGCUUCGCGGAGGAAAACAACUAUCAGUACGGAUACAGCGGCUCCAGUGCCGGCAUGAAUGGCAGAUCGCUUACGUACGCGCAGCAACAGCUUAAUAAGCAAAGACAGGACUUCGAACGUGUACGACUUAGACCAGAACAGCUCAGCAAUAUCAUACAUGACGAGAGCGACACGAUAUCGUUCCGAUCCAACCUUUUGAAGAACUUUAUAAGCUCGAACGACGCAUUUAACAUGCUGAGUUUGACCACGGUACCGUGCGACAGAAUUGAGAAGUCCAGAUUGUUCAGUGAAAAAACAAUAAGAUAUCUCAUGCAAAAACAACACGAAAUGAAAACACAAGCGGCAGAGUUGCAAGAAAAGCCUCUGACGCCACUUAAAUACACAAAACUUAUAGCUGCGGCAGAGGACGGAAGCCGUAGCACAAAGGAUAUGAUAGAUGCUGUCUUCGAGCAAGAUAGUCAUUUGAGGUACCAGCCGGACGGCGUGGUCGUACAUCGUGACGAUCCUGCGCUGGUGGGUAAACUCCGCGGAGAUCUCCGCGAAGCGCCGGCGGACUACUGGACGCAUGCUUAUAGGGAUGUUUUGGCGCAAUACCACGAGGCCAAGGAGCGUAUCAGGCAGAAGGAAGUAACUGCAGGUGAAGCACAGGACGAAGCCAGCUUGCAGCAGCAACAGCAGCAAGAUUUGCAGCAACAGCAACAAGUAGUGACUACAGUUGCCUCGCAAAGUCCUCAUGCAACUGCAACGGAAAAGGAGCCAGUACCCGCCGUGGUUGACGACCCACUGGAGAACAUGUUCGGAGAUUAUUCCAAUGAGCCGUUCAACACCAAUUUCGACGAUGAAUUUGGAGAUCUUGAUGCUGUAUUUUUUUAA